GUGCUCCAUUACUGUGUGAGUGUGGCGGCGUGGUAGUCAGGGUCCGGCUGGUGGUUGCUGCCACACGGGGAGAAAGUGACUCAAAGCAGCUUUCACCUUGUAACAGAAAUGAUCUAGCGUCCGUUGGCCUAAAAUUUGUGAUUCACUCUCCAAAGGCUGAGUAUCGUUGCACGAUGGAGAUGUGGGAAUUUAUUGGAAAAGUGGCUGUAGCGUUGUUCAUAGCGAGGAUAGGAUGGUCUCUCCUGAAGGGAGUAUUCGGGUCCUUCCUGGCGGCGGCAAUUAGGUUAAAUAUUGAUGUUAAGAAGACCGGCGAAUGGGCAGUGGUUACUGGAGCCACUGAUGGUAUUGGCAGAGCUUAUGCAUUUGAGCUUGCUCGUCUUGGAUUAAAGGUUGUCCUAGUCAGUCGGAAUCCUUUCAAGCUUCAGAAUGUGGCGGCAGAGAUCAAUAGCAAAUAUGGUGUUGACACAAAGAUCAUUGAUGUUGACUUCACAAAAGAGGAUAUUUAUGAACGAUUGGAGUCCGAAGUUGGGAAAUUGGAUGUUGGUGUUCUGGUGAACAAUGUUGGCAUGAGCUAUGAUUUUCCAGAAUAUUUUACAGAUAUAUCUGAUUGCCAAGAGAUGUGUGACCGGCUAAUCAACUGUAAUAUCAAGUCAUUAACUCAUAUGACCCGCAUCGUACUACCUGGUAUGGUAGAAAGGAAACGAGGCGUCAUUAUGAACUUGUCGUCUUUAUCGUCAAUCAUUCCAGCUCCAUUAUUAGCUGUAUAUGGAGCAACCAAGUUUAUCCCUGAAUUGAUUUUCAUAAAUUUUUAUCAGGUUUACUUCAUUGAAGUGGCCAAGAUGCACUUUCCUGGAUGGAUCCUUACACACAUUGUAUUCAGCCAGCUGAAAGCUUUCCGUACAAGGGGUCACAAGAAGAAGGAAAAGGAAGCUAAAACCGAGUAAGAUAAUAUUGUUCUGAAGCAGUAUACAAGGAAAAUAUAACGGGGAUAAAUUCUUUCCUCUAUUAUUUGUAAUUGUUAUAUUGGUGUAAAUUGCUACUACAGCAGAUUGUUUUCUGUGUUACUUUGUCUGCCACAAAGACUAACAGUGUGAAGUGGUACAGUAUUUCUUAAUACUUGUAGUUCUUUGCCUAUUUGUCCAUUUUGAUUAAUAUAAUACAAAAGUUUACAAUAAAUGCAUUGAUAAAAAAAAUUUAUGUAUACAGAAUUUUCAGUACUGUCCUGUAUAUGCACAUUAAUUAAAAAUAGUUAAUUAAAAAAUAGUUAAGGUGGAUUAAAUUGUAUUAGAGGUGUCACGUUGUAUUUGACAUGCUUGUACAUUCAGAUUACUACAUUAUAUUCUUAAAAGUAUUUACACUUAUCAAGCCUAUUCUAAAAUCUCUCUAUCCUUAUUUUUUGAAUUUAAUAGCUGUUAAGAGUAUAGAAAUUUUUUGUUUAAUAUUUAUGAAAUGUACAGAAAAAAAUAAAUUUUAAUAAGACUA